UUACGAACCUAACUGCCUCCAUUUCCUAGAGUCUUUGGCAGCUCAUGAGUGUUAUUUUUAUCUUUCGUAUUAAUAAUUUUAAAAAUCGUGGAUUCUAUUCCACUAAUACGCGAGUCGUUCUGUGGUAUAAAAUUCUGCAUCUGUUAAAAGCGCUUAAUCUACUCCGCCUUUAACGGCCAACUUGACUAAUCAAAUUCGGUUCAAAAAGGCAGUUAGUUUUCUUUCUAGUGGAAGGCAUACUUAGAGGAUUGCCUAAAGCGACCUGACGCGGGUUAGUUAAACUUGGUUUGAGAUAGGGAAAACCAACUAUUACACUUUAGGAUCCCGCGAUCCAUGCAGUUUGACUGUAAAGGUCUGAUAUCCCCUACCAAAUACUUUGCACAUUAAACGUUCGCUUUUUGUCGAAGGUUACUUUCACCCGUCUGAUAAAAAGACUCUUAAUUAGACGCAAAUCGUGUAAAACUAGAGGCUUAAGAAUCAUUAAAAUCUAUUUUCAUCACUGGUCUGAUAGAUGGUGAUGCCUCUAAGAAGCAGGCCUUCAUUUAUUUAUUAAACCAUAGUUAAGCAUUCUACUGACUCAUCGACUGACAAAGAAAAAUGUGUGACAAAAAUAUUGGUGAAAAGUUUGAAAUACUACAAAAAAUAAAAUAAAUAAAUAAAAUUGGAUUUACAUAAAAGAAAAUUUGGAGUUUGUCGAAAAUUUUUUGAUUGAUAUAAAAUAUGGAUAUUAAUGCAGAUAAUCAGCAGGCAGCAGAAACCCAGGAUGGAACAAAGGAUGAUGACGAGGACGCAGAACCAGUUAAAAGGCCGCCAGAUUCGAUCACUAUCGGGACCUCCCUCGCGACGAAUUGUUCAGAUGCAUUGCUCAACAAGCUCACCGAAGAACUCAAUGAUGACGGCGAAGCUGAAAAUGAAGAGGAUACAACACCUGAAGAGGGUGUCAGUUUGCUUGCAGCAUACAGCGAUAAAGUGUUCAAGCCAUUUCCAAUGCCUUUGUUGACGCUUGAGGGCACACACACAACAGCCACCACCACCGAGUCGCAGGGAAGCGUUGCGAACGCAGCAAGUUUGCUUAAACAUGUCAGCUUCGAGAAAAUCAUGGAAGACGUUGACAUACCUACACCAUCCACCAGCCAAGUGGUGGAGAAUGUCAGGGAGUAUGUGAAACAGAUUGAAAGCCUGAUGGAAAAUGGCGAGAGCCUUGUGGACACAUCACCACGUCACAUGGCGUCGCCUCAGCCUAGGGCGGCACAAAUCAUAGAGCUCCCUUGGGAAUCGCUAUCAUUGGAGUCUGUUAAAGAUGCAACGGAUAUAAGCUAUACCAGCAAACUCAGCGAAGACACAGGUUCAUUCGACGAAAUCGAGCGCAUGGCGCACGAUGAAGUGGAACGUAUUGUGGCGGAAAAUUUGGCUUCCACUCCUGUACAACUUAAUGAACCAGCCAAUUUUCAACAGGUGGAGCGUGAAAACAAAGAGAUCGCCGAGCGUUUUAAGCAGAUCAUGGAAAUGUUCGAUAGUUUCACCAAAAAUCUAGAGAGUCUCGAAAUGCCCACCAUACAGUCGUCAGGGGAAAAUACUAAGAAGACAUCGCCUACAAUGCGCAGGCCGCUGAGCUUCAAGCGCUUGCCCAACACUGAGCCGAAUGUGAGUGAGCAUGCAGAUGCUGCUUCCGGCAGUAGUAUGCACAGUGAAUUUAACUUGGAGUUGUAUGGCGAUUGUAGGAAUGAGUCCACAUUACCGGCAGCAAAAGCCGCAGCGGCGACAAAGAGCCUAAAGAACGAGCCUCACAAUACGUCCAGAAGCAGCGCGCAAUCGCAACGGGCGGAAGCUGCUCUAGAUCCAAUGUGUCGUGACAUAGCCACCACAAUAAGUGGCUUAGAGUUGCUCGAUGAAAAGCCGCUGACGGUGUCGUACAGUGCUAAGCCGCGUGCUUUCGCAAUGCGUCCACAUGAAGUGCAUAGCCUAACUACGAUUGGCUGUCAGACCUCUUCUGAUUUCUUUGCUUUGAAAAUGACACCCUCAGUUAGUACGUCGUUCAGUAAUUUACACACAGUGACCAAAGAUUACGCACAACGGGAUGAUGACAUUGUCAAUGCGCUCAUAAUCGACUCCACAACUGAUGCACCUACCAGCUCGUCUUUAUAUGUGGGCACCAAUUCGUUCACUGAUCACACCGAAACCAGUGGCAUUACUAUCAUUCAACCGAAGAAUAAAAUUCUUGGCACAUCCGAUCAGUCGUCAUUGGUGAAGAUACGUGAGCCACCAACUAUUAUUGAUUUAACGCAGGAUUCCAAUGCGCCUCAUAUCACCUCACUGGUCACUGGUGCCACAGGCAACACAACGUGCACGGACACGCCUUGUGAGCGCACCUACCACACCAUACACAUCGAAGCCAACUCCUCGCCCUCGUCCAGUUUACUGCGUCGUCCGCCCUUAUGUUCACGUCUCUGGAAUGUCAUCACCGAUUUCUGUGCUGCUGUCUGCCUUUGCCUACAGGUUAAUAAGGAUUGUCUUUUCUGUUUGGGUUUCUUUAUUGCAUUUGUUGUGAGCGCUUCAUUCUUAACGGCUUUUUUCUAUCGUACUUUGAGCAUAAAUCCACAUCUACUUCAAGUGCCAGCAGCACCGCCAAACAUCGCAAGCCAUUCAAAAACGUUGCAGAGUAUUCAGAAUGAUAUCUCUUUGUAUGGUGUGUGAGGUGAUAGCAUAAAAAAUCGUGUGCGUAAGAGAGAGAGAGAGAGCAGAGCUUUCGGCGGUAUGAAAGCUUUAGCCAUGUGUGCGCUUGUGAUGUAAAAGCUCACUGCUGAGCUUUCGAAUGCUGGGUGUGGAUUAUAUGUAAACAUUUUCUUAUUCGAGUUCGAACAGUGUACGUGCUUUGUAUGUAUGUGUAUGUGUGUAUUUUUGGAUAAGCGUUCGUGUAUUUGUUGGCAUGUAAAUAUGUAUGUAACGUAAACUUCCUGUACUGUACAUUUCGUUUGUAAAAUUUGCAUUUUUCUAUGUAAAUUGUUUUAUUAUCACUCAUUUUGUUUAUUAAGUCCACAAAUUUACGCACAUACGCUUACACACAUGCACAUACAAAGGUUUCUAACAAAAUACCGAUAGCCUUCAGCUUAGUUGAAUUAUAAAAGGAUGAUGCCUUAGAAAGUUCUAAAUAAAUCUAUUGUGAAAAAAAAUA